AUGGCAAAUGGUGGCAAUGGAAUUUUGCUGGCUGUGCCUGAUAUGGUCGCUGAGUCGCGCAGUGCAGUUAUAGUGGAUGAUGUCAGCAGUGGUGGCAGGUGUGAUUUGCCUGGAACCCCAGUGCAUUCGCUUGGAUACCCUAUCACAGAUGGUGGUGGAGUUGUGUCGUCUGCAGACUGGAGUAUUCCGCGUGAGCAGAAGGAUUUCUUCGCACCACUGCGUAAGUCUUUCUUUGAUCUAGCCAGCAGGUGGCGGCUGAUCCCACGUCUGCGUGCUCGUAUGGAACAAUCUUCGGAAGAGUCGCUAUUUUCUGCAACUGAGGUGUUGGAGUUGCGCGAGUGCGUCCAAAACUUCUUACGUAAGGAAGGAUUGGAGUGCAAUUUGGACAUUCCACAGUACCAGCCAUUCUUGCUGGACAUGUGGCGAGCUUUGGGAUCUUUGACCGGUGAUAUUGACCGCGAUCUGCCUCGCAUUCUCGAAGAAGGUGUGGGAACCGGUAUUAAAAGUCCCAUCGCCCCGUCUGGUGUCUGGGAUGAACGCAUGGAGUCGUCUUGUUUUGAUGAGUAUGACUUGCGUGUGUUUGAGACCCCUUGGCAAAGCGCUUCCGAGGACGUUGCCUUUACUCGCUCGUUAAUCAUGAAGGACGUGGAGGCAGGAUUCGCGUAUAUUCUGCCUGGCGGAGAAUCUGAGGCGCGGAGUCGCUGGGGUCCGCAUGUUGCCGCCGGCAAGUUGGGAGUUGUCCGUGUCCCGGGAAAAAAUCCCCGUUUGAUCGGAGAUGGUAGCGUCAGUGGUGCAAAUGGCGCAUCUUGCAUUCCUGAAAAGAUGCGGAUGCCAGAUUUGGAAUCUAUUCAGAGAUUUAUUUCUGAGGCUGUGACUUCAGAGGAUUGGUGGAUGUUUUCGUUUGACGUGCAGGGUGCACAUAAGCUGGUGUGCGUGCGUGAAGACGAACAGGGUUUCAGCAUUUUCAUUCUUGAUGGCGUGUGGUAUGUCUACAGAACUUGCUAUUUUGGCUGCCGCUGGGCAGCGUACUGGUUCAGUCGUGUUGGCAGCUGGUUGGUUCGGCUGCUACACAGGUUCAUCUGGAUUCAGCACGGGUUAUUCCUUUAUGUGGAUGACGGUCUCGAGUUUUUACCAUGUUCUGUGGGCCCGCUUCUUGCUACAAGCACCCUGAUGUUAUUGACUGCAGUGGGAGUACCGUUGAGCUGGAAAAAGGUAAAAAUGGAGCAGGAGCUGGUGUGGAUUGGAUGGCGGUUUAACACCAUGGCUGGAGCGGCUUUCUUGCCGUAUGAGAAGGCUGCACGGAUUGUCAAUUACCUUCGGAAGCUGUGUGUGUCUGGUGCUCGCGUAGAGCGUCGUGAGCUGGAAAAGGCGAUUGGGCUACUGGUAUGGUUUUGCGAAGGAGCCUUUUGGUUGCGUCCAUGGCUGUCCUGCUUGUAUAAACUCUUGUACAAACCGUCAGUGGUCACACGCAAACUGCUGGCCUGCCAAUUCCAUGAUGUGGUCUCCUCGUUGUCUGCGGAGUUGACGACUGGUCGGCACUUCCGGAAGUUUGAUGUCGGAUCUGGCUGGAAGCUGCAUUCAGUCAACAACACCGAGGUCAGCAGCUUGUCCUGUCGUGCGCUGCAGACGCCACGUGUGAAGCAUGGAUGUGUUAGUGCUGUGCGACAUCGACACGGUGCUGGCAUUGGUGGCUGGUGGGUACCGGCGGAUGAUGGAAUUGUUCAGGAGAGUGAGGCAUUCUGGUUCUCGGUUGUGCUUCCGAAGCAGUCUUGGCCGAAGUGGCUGCAGUUAUCUGCAUCCGGGUCGGACUCGUUGCAGAGUGGCAUUGCAGCUUUUGAAGCGCUGGCUCAGCUUUGCUUGCUCCUGCUGCGACAUCGACAUGGUCACUAUGAUUCCGGUGGCUUCACGCUUCGUUUCUCUCAAUUGUGCGACAACGCGGGCGUUUCUGCAUUAAGUGACAAGCUUAUGACACAGUCUACGCCACUUUGCUAUGUGUUGCAAGCUCUGGGCUUCUACUGCUGCCAACUUGGUGUGGUUUUACACAGUAACCACAUUGCUGGAAAGAAAAACCAGUGGGCAGACAGCCUCAGCCGCGGGACCAUCCCGUCGGGCUUCUGCAGUUCAAAGCGACAGGAUCUUGACGUGGGUGCUAUCCUGCGUGUGCCUUGGCAGGUUUGA